AUGCGGUAUGAGCAGGAGCGGUGGGUUUUGGACGGCGAGGAGAACACUACGUUUACAAUGUUCUUCGUCAUGUUCAGAAUCCAAGGACCUCUAUUCUCGGUUGGAUUCGCCGAUAUUGCUGGCUUGACAGGGGUGUUGCCAGAAGUCGGACAAGGCGGCGGGGCCGCCUGGUUCUCCGCCCGGGAAGGUUCCUUUUGGUUCGCAGCCGGGUUCAAAGCCACGGCGUUCCAGAUGCUCUCGGUCGACGCGCUCGUCGUGGUCCAGCUGAACCCCGAGGUGCAGCUCGGCAUCUACGGCCUCGGUAUCGCGUGCACCCUUGACGUUGGGGCUGGAACCUUUAAGCUUGAGGCACAACUGUCUCCGCGCAGCUUCAUCUUGGACAGCAGCUGCCAUCUCACCGGCGGCUUGGCCCUGUACGCGUGGUUCGCGCCCAGGGUGCCCUCUUCGGACCCGGAGAUAAAAGAUAUGCAGGGAGACUGGGUCAGCGCGCUGCGCAUCUCGGGCGAGGCGUACUUUGCCGUCACGCCGCGAGUUUGCAUGGCGGGUGGCAAGUUGAACGCGGCACUGACGCUCGGUGCGCUCUCGGCCUGGUUCGAUGCGUUCUUGGACAUGCUGCUUAAUUUCGAUCCUUUCUACUUCCGCGCCGUGGGCGGCGUGAGCGUGGGCGUACGCUUCUCCAUGGACCUCUGGCUCGUAACCAUUCACAUUGCCGUGGAGAUUGGGGCGACGCUGACCGUUGCAGGCCCACCCAUGGCGGGCAUGGUGCACGUGGACUUUUGGGUGUUUGGAUUCGAUAUCCAGUUCGGAGGCAAGAUGGCAGAGAAGCCUGACAAGAAGACGUUGCUUCAGUUCAAAGAGUUGGUAUUCAAGACGAAGUCGAGCUCCUCCAGCGCUCUACCUAACAAUAUUUUCAUGUCACGAUUGGAAGGAGGGGCUCUGCGAGAGCUUGAUGAUGACAAUGAAGAUGCCGGAGGGUGGGUGGCUCUCGAAAACGCUGGGGAAGACACAGUUAGUCGCAGAGCAGAAGAGGCUGAGAAAACGACGAAACCGUUCAUAUUCAAUUGCGACUCCGGUCUUGUGCCACCGACAGAGAUCAAGGGCCAAAAGAAACCACCACCAUCCGCCGGCCGAGAGGCAAAGACCCGAACCGCCGAGCCCCGCGCCCCAGAAAAAGACAAGAAGAAGAAGAAGAUAUGGGUUGUGCAGCCAGGCACGUUUGCUUACUCCAUCACUUUUGCUUUUGCGACAAGUAAAGGGACGCUGGAGGACAAGCGACCGGGUGCGGCGAUGCCGAAGCAGCCUCUGCGCAAGUUCAAGCCCGAACACGACAGCAUAUUCGCGCUGCCCAUGCGACUGGAGAAGACGAUGACGGUCGACGCGACAGUCCGCAUCACCCAGCAAAAGAAGUUGCGGUUCAGCUGCGGCGGAUGA